AUGGCUUCCAAGUUUGUAGCAGCCGCUUGUCACGUUUCGCCAAUAACACUUUCGGCGCGGAAAACGACCGACAAAUGCAUCUCCCUCAUAAACCGAGCAGCUACAAAUUCAGCCAAACUGGUCGUCUUCCCCGAAUCUUAUAUACCGGCUUUCCCAGUAUGGAGCUCAAUGCUUUCACCUGGUCGGAACCACCACUUCUUCGAGAUGAUGGCUCAGGAAUCCAUUUUCGUAGACGGCGAAGAGAUGAAGGAGAUCCGAGAAGCUGCCAAACAGGCCGGGACAGUUGUCAGCGUGGGCAUCUCAGAAAAGGCCAGGUAUAGCACUGCCACACUCUUCAAUUCAAAUAUCAUCAUCGGCGCCGACGGUGAAAUCCUCGUUCACCACCGCAAGCUGAUGCCGACGUUUUUCGAGAAGUUGACCUGGAGCCCUGGGGACGGGUACGGCUUGAGAGUAGCCAACACGAGGUUCGCAAAGAUUGGAGCUCUGAUCUGUGGAGAGAAUGAAAAUCCUCUGGCGCGAUACUCCCUAAUGGCACAGGGAGAACAAGUCCACAUAUCUACGUGGCCAGCCGUGUGGCCUACUCAAUCCGGGGAGAGCAAGCCUAGAGUUCAUGCCAAUCACAACAAUGUAGCCGCCAAUCGGAUGCGGGCUGCGGCGCAUUGCUUUGAAAGCAAGUCUUUCGGAAUCAUGUGUGCAGCUUAUCUCGAUGCUGCAAGUAUCCAGGUCAUCGCUUCGGAGUCAGCCGAUCCUAAAUAUGUCACGCAUGUCCUGGGCCAUGCUUCUCAGGCGGCUACUGAGUUUCUGGAUCCUUCUGGGGCUGCAUUGGUGGGGUACAGGAUUGAUACCGAAUCUGGGAAGAAGGUGGAGACGAAGCUAUUGCAGGGGACGGAGGAUAUUCUGUAUGCUGAGAUUGAUCUGCAAAAAGGGAUCGAGGGCAAGCAAUAUCACGAUGCUCUUGGAGGGGAUCAGAGACUCGAUGUAUUCGAUCUGAAGGUUGAUAGGACAAGGAGGAAGCCAGCAACUUUCUUCCGGAGCGUGGAGACAUCUUCAAAGGAGAAGUUUGUCGCGACAGCAACUGCGGCAGCGAAAGGGAAAGGGGAAUGA